GAAAAUACUUGGAAGGCCAUUAGCAGAUGCUUGACAUUUUGUAUUUGGGUUCGUAGUUUAGUUGGCAUAUGUUGUUGGACUUCACUCUUGCAAGUUUAAUUUGAAGUUGUUCUUCUUACAUAAUUAAUUAAUGAAGUUGUAAUGUCUUUUCCUGAGCUUCCACCAGAUGCUCCAGCUCCACGUUUAUGUCAUUUAGUUAAAUGGCCAGAUUUUGAUGGAUAUGGUUUUAAUUUACACGCAGAGAAAUCGCGGGCAGGACAGUUUAUCGGCAAGAUAGAUGUUGGCAGCCCUGCAGAAUUUGCAGGAAUGAAGGAAGGAGAUCGCAUUAUAGAAGUUAAUGGGGUGAACAUCGCAAAUGAAAAUCAUAAACAAGUUGUUGAAAGGAUUAAAGCUGUUCCACACGAGACUAGACUAUUAGUGCUCGACGAAGAAGCAGAUAAAUGGUAUAAAGAGAGAAAAAUUGUUGUUAGAAACACACAGUCGAACGUGCUUUAUUGUAAAACACCAAGUAAACAACCUUUAAAAGGAAGUGACGAACUUGCAACAGAUAUAAACGGGGAGAAUCACAAUGGAACUGACCAUGUCAGUGAAGAAGAAAAUGACAGUGGCCAUGUAGGAAACGAAUCUCCUGUUUUGAUCCUCCACUGUAUAAACAGGUUUGUAAAUGACAACAGUAGAAAACUGCUAGCACUGUCCAACCUCGCCUUAAAACCUAAAGAAAAGCUUGUUUUCCACUUGAUAAAAGACCAUCAUAGAGACCUUGGUAUUGGUAGUCUUAUUUUACAUGUCUUGGAGAGUUUUAAGGUCAAGGUCAAAGUAUUUCAAAACAAAAUCUCUCCAGCCUCAACACCUAAAAGUCAAGAUAGUGGUUCAAGGCAGAGAAGUGUUGACUCUGCUUCCGAUUCUCCUCAAUCCACCAGAAGUGCCCAAAGUCAGAAUGAUCAGCCUGAAUCAAAAAUGAAGACAUCUUCAGAAGACUUGAACCUGAACAUGAGUGCCUCAGAGAUGAGGCAGUUACUGAGUGCUCGGAGGAAGCGGGACCCGAGAAAAGAACAAAUGGAUAUGCGUGAGAAGUACCACAUUAUACAGCAGAUGUAAUUGUCCAGAGAGCCUAAAAUAUCCCCAUGAUUGGUGUGAAAAGCUGUUAGCUUAAGUUUAUGCUGUUGCUAAUCACAGAAAUGUUUCAAAUUUGUAUAAGCAGUUUUUAUAUCUUUGUUUUACCACUAUUCUAAUUAUUCCAGAAAAUUAAAGUUUAGAGUAACUUGUAGGAAUAAUUGUUGGCAUAUUCAGUCGGUAGUUAUGUCUUGGAACAUUAAACCUUUUAUAAGUUGCUGCACUUGUUGAACAGCAGAUUGUGCCUUACACCUUAUUAAAACUAUAACAUUCCAUUGGUAGAACAUGUAUAAAAGGAAUGUAUGUAUAGAAAGUUUUAUGUAAAUUUUUCCUGGAGUGUUCACUUUCUAACAUAAACUUGUAAUGAAAUUCUAGUGCCCCAAGAAAAAUAUAAAAAAAAAUGUAAGAAAAGAAGUGGGCAAUACACACUGCUAUGGAAAAUGUAUUUUAUUACUAAGGAUUUUUUUAGACAACAACACUUUGUACUUUAAGAGUGAAUCAUAAUGAAAAACACAUCUUUUUUGUAUUACCCAGGAUUAUUAACUUGCAUUUGUGCUAUUUAAAAUAAGGAAUUUAUUUUGUACUUUCUGUGUUUUUAAGUUGGCUGUUUUAUUAGUGAUGUUUAUCAUACAGGCAUCACUCAUGAUGGCUUGUUUAUCAUUCUUACUUAAAAUACAUCUGAUUGAUUUAAUAAACUUGACGAAAAGCUUCAUUUCCAAUGUCACUGUAAAUGAUAACAUAAGAAGAAAAUAUAGCUUUGUUGGUAGGUAAGAUGACUGAAUAACUAUCCAGGGGAAUUAAAUGUUGAUAUUGUGGGUUAGUAGUCAAUGUGAGGACAUUAGAACAAAAUGGUGUACCAAUUUUCACUGGAAAACAGUAACUUGACCACUUUAAACACUGUAAGUAAUAGAUAAAUGUGUAAUAGUAACCACAGGAAUGGAUUAAUGUGUGAUGGUAAACCACAGGAAUGGAUUAAUGUGUGAUGGUAAACCACAGGAAUGGACUAAUGUGUGAUGGUAAACCACAGGAAUGGACUAAUGUGUGAUGGUAAACCACAGGAAUGGACUAAUGUGUGAUGGUAAACCACAGGAAUGGACUAAUGUGUGAUGGUAAACCACAGGAAUGGACUAAUGUGUGAUGGUAAAAUAAGCAACUAACUUUAGAUGAAACCAAGGGGUAGGAGAACACAAGAACUGAAACUUCAAAUGAGUAAAAAGUAUGUUGUUUAGGGUUUGUUCUUUCUGCUUCAUGGUUGCUAAUUGCAUCAUCUCUAAUAUAAAGAUAAUUAUAAUAUAAUAUAAAGAUAAAAAAGGAAGUAAAUAAAUGUUUCUUGGAGCUAAUCAUGUGACAAAAAUAAUUUUUCUGUUGUUUCUUAUGUUUGUAGUAUAAUUGAGUUUAACGAAACAUUGUGUACAA